AUGCAAAGAGCAAAAAAAUUUAUAGCAGUCAUUGUCAUCAAGUUUUUAUUAUUACUUCGUUUUCUUUCACUUGGCUCACUGAAUGUCCAUUUAAUAUUUUUUGUUUAUGUGUUAGCAAUGUCAGCCAAUCCUCUUGAUGCCACAGUCGAAGACCUCGAAGCCCGCCACCGCCGUGAAAAGAGGGACCUUGCCGCGACAAUCACUGCCAUGAAGAAAACCGCGCCAAAGGGCGACAAACGCAAGAAAAAGGAUGUCACUACCAAAAUCGCUGAAUUGGAAGACCAGCUCAGCAGCAGACACGCUUCAGAAGUCAAAAGCUUUGUUGAUGCACCCACCAAAGCUGCAGAUGACGCACAUGCGCUUUCUGACGCUGUUGCCACUGUGGCUAUUGCAGACUCCCAGCCACCCAAAGAUACCCACGAUCAAGAGCAGCACCAGCAGCAACAGAAGGUCGCCCCGCCAAAGGGCCUCUAUGGAGCCAGCAUGGGCACCCAGCCAACCAUUUCGGGAACCAAAAAGAACAAGGCCAAGCUGCGCCAGCAACGCAAAGCCGAGGAAAUGAGACGUCUGCAAGACGAGGCCGCCACUGAGGCCGAGGGCAUGGUUGAUGUCGCUGCCAUCGAGUCCGAGACCAUCAACAGGCUUGUUGCGGCCGACGGGCUCGCUGUUCAUGAGAUUAAUGCUGACGGCCACUGCCUCUACUCGGCCUUUGCCGACCAAAUCAACACAUAUCAUGGCGGCGCGGCUGCCUACCAGGACAUGCGCAAGCGCGCUGCAGACUACAUGCGCCAGCACCAAGACGAUUUUAUUCCCUUCAUGGCACACGAAAAUGGCGACAUGUUCAGCAAUGCUGACUUUGACACUCACUGCGACCGCAUAGUUUCAACUGCCGACUGGGGCGGCCACCAAGAAAUCACAGCACUUUCCCAUGCCCUGCAGACACCCGUCCUCGUUUAUCAGACCGGUAUGCCCGUCCUGCGGAUAGGCGAUGAGGUCUACUCUGACAAGGACCCUAUCAAGUUAUCUUACCACCGCCAUGCAUAUGGUCUUGGCGAGCACUACAACUCGCUGCGCAAGCUCGCUCCCUAA